ACCAAUAGGAUUGUACGAGUGUGGCACCAUCAGCAGGGCACGGGAAGAGAUCUCAAACUCUUCAUUAUUUCACUUUAUUUCUUUAUUUGGUUUCUUUUAUGAAAUCCAGAUUCGCGAUUUUUCAAGUCCGAUGAGUUUACAAGCGUCUGCAGAUUUUGAACGAUGAAUUAUUUGCGGUGUUGAAGGUCACCAGUGAGCGGUCAACAUGUCAUCCAAAUCAUCUCUUCUGAAAGUCAUUCUUCUGGGCGACGGCGGCGUGGGCAAGAGCUCCCUCAUGAACCGCUACGUCACCAACAAGUUCGACGCCCAUCUCUUCCACACCAUCGGCGUAGAGUUCCUCAAUAAAGACCUGGAGGUGGACGGGCGUACCGUCACGCUGCAGAUCUGGGAUACGGCCGGCCAGGAGAGAUUCCGCAGUCUGCGGACGCCCUUCUACCGCGGCUCCGACUGCUGUCUGUUGACCUUCAGCGUGGACGACAGCCAGAGCUUCCACAACCUAGCCAACUGGAAGAAAGAGUUCGUCUAUUACGCCGACGUUAAAGAGCCCGACAGUUUCCCCUUUGUGGUUCUGGGAAAUAAGCUGGACGUGUCGGAGAGGCAGGUGACCAGUGAGGAGGCCCAGGAGUGGUGCAGAGAAAACGGCGACCACCCGUAUUUUGAGACCAGCGCUAAAGAUGCGACCAACGUUGCCACAGCGUUUGAAGAAGCCGUCAGAAGAGUUCUAGCCCUGGAGGACCGGCAGGAACAUUUGAUUCCGACAGACACCAUCAAUCUGCACCGGAAGCCACGCGGCGGCACGCCCUGCUGUUAAUGGACCACACGUGCGUCUCCAUUUCCAUGAGUUAUUUAAUGCUCCUGCAGCGAACUGAAUGAGUCUGCGUUAGAUUUAAACAUGCACUUGAGUACAAACACUGGGUCGGGUGACAUCUGGACUGAACUGUUUAGUGGCUGGGAUUUCUGUGGGUCAAUGUGUCGAUGGAUCCGUCUGCAGUUUAGUAAUGAUGAGCAAAUGCAAUAAAUGCACUGCAAAAAAAUCGUUUUCUUAAUCAGGAUUUCUCAUCUGGAUUUCCAGUUAAAAAUAUCCAAACAUCCUUUAAACAAGACCGGUUUACUCGUGUGUAGAUAUGCUGUUCCCACAGUGUUUUUUGAAAGAAAUUCAGUAGGUUUUAUGGCUAAAGCAAGAAACAAAUGCCCAGCGGGGUUUUAAAAUUGGUUCUACAUCUAUAACGUCUGAACAGGAGUCGUAAGAUUUUGCACGAGUUUGCUUGUGAGUGUUUCGAGGGUGUCUGAAUGUUUCUACUGGAACACUCGACCAAAAUUGUGAUUAAGAAAUGUCUGUUUCAUGCGAUUUUUCCUAUAACUACGAUUAACUAAUGCAGCUCUUGUAUUACAGAGCGAGUGUUCAUAAACUGUGACUGAUGUCUAAUAUAUUAACGGUAUCAUACCAUUGUGUAGAGAGUGCCAAAUAUAAAUACUUAUACUAAAAAUGAGCGUACUUGCGUCAAAAGAAAAGCACUAAAAUCUUCUAAUUGUAGAUUGUUAAAUUGAAAUUAAAGCAGAAACAUUGAACAAUGCUUAUUGAACUUGUUUUUUUAUUUAAUUCAAUUAAAAUCACGUUUAUUUGUAUAGCGCUUUUCACUGUUUACACUGUUGCAGAGCAGCUUAACACAAGGGCGCAAUGUAAAUAACAGAAAACAAUAAAAUGAUAUAAACAAAAUUAUUAAAUUUGUAAUAGCAUGUAAAGUCUGGUGCCGGCGUCAUCUAAAACUCCUUGCAAAGGCCGGUGUCAUCUUUCCGCAUGUGUUGGGUAUAUUUAUAUUAAUAUAUUAUUAUAUAAACAUAUUGUAGUUGUGUGUCAUGUAAAUCAACAUGAAGUCCAGAUUCUUGAUUUAUUUUAGUCCAAAGAAAAUAUUCACUGUAAACUCAUCAAAAUGUACUCGGAAUGUAAUAACUGGUUCUGCCUCUUCUUUGAUUUUCCUUUUGGCAGACGUCACAAAUCUCUUCCCUCCAGCUGCAUAUCUGGUAUGUAAUGGCUAGUUUUCAUGAUCCAUAUAUAUAUAUAUGUUUCCCACUAGAAUGAAUGAGGUCAACAUGAAAAGCUGUUUGCUACUCAUUCUUUUUCUGUGUAUUUGAGCGGUCGUUGAGUUUGUUACUGUUAGAUUACAGUAACUAGUUACACCCAACACUGGAAAUGGAAUAGUUGCUUUCUAAACUAAGCAGUGCUGUAUACUACCUUCUAUAAACAGCGUGUUUAAUCCAGGUUUGUUUGUUUAUUAAUCAGUUUUAAGCUUCAUCUCUGCCUAUAUCAUUCUCAGUUUGUUUGUCACACUCGAAAGUAAAUAUUGAAUUACUGGAUUCAGUGUUUUGCGCUUUACAGAGAAAAUGUGCAUACAUGGCACAAUAUACAUCUUACAUACUGUAGAAAUAGUUUGAGCAGUGUGGUACUGUUAUGCGGAACACAGCGCUGGGGUGUGUUUUUAAAAACCAGUCUUUGCCAAAAACAAACAAAAAUCAGACUUCAGAACUUUGCUUUAUUCACAGAUGAAUGCACAGAACCCUCGACAACAACAGUUAAUGUGAAUAUAGACUGGAAUAUAAGUGAGAUUGAAAUAGAGAGAUGCUUAAACGCAUUAUAAACAACACAUGUGUAUAGUUCUGCAUAAGGACACAAU